AUACAGCUGUGCUUAGUCACACUUUCACGCAGGACGUCCCACUGUCAGCGGGUGAAUACCGUUAUCUUUCCCCGUCUCUCUUCAUGGGCUGGAGCUUCACCGGGAACCCAAGUGGCCGCAGCUGCAAUUAAGGAACCACGCCUGUUGCCCUCUAAUUUCCCUGAAUUGCACUACUUAUACUACCCUUCCGUGGAGCAAAACAGCAGUCUAAAGAGCUGCUCGUCCAGAAAACUAGACUUCAUUAUUUUACUAUCGCGAGAUCUUAGCCUACAUUAGGACCCUCCAGGGCUGAUCCUGACCACUGCUUUCGCGCUGGGAGGCAAUAGUCCAGCCGGUCACCCGCACUCUGUCCGGGAACACGCACUAUAACAACAAUGGAGUACCUCAAGUUUUGUUUUGUGUUUUCAUGCUGGCUGAAGUUUGCGAAUUCUGUCUACUCUACUGAAACACCUCAAGCUCCUGCGCCUAUUCCUAAAGAAAAAUUGCUCAUCCUAACUGUUGCAACAGAGGAAACAGAUGGCUUUCGCCGCUUUAUGCAGUCUGCAAACUAUUUCAACUACACUGUGAAGGUAUUAGGAAUGGGAGAAGCAUGGAAGGGUGGUGACGUGGGUCGUUCUAUCGGUGGAGGGCAAAAAGUCAGACUACUGAAGGAGGCCAUGGAGGCUCUGGCUGACCAGGAGGAUCUUGUUGUCCUUUCCGUGGAUAGCUAUGAUCUUAUCUUUGCUGGGGGACCAGAAGAGAUUCUCAGGAAGUUCCAGCAAGCCAAUCACAAAGUGCUUUUUGCUGCAGAGGGACUGAUAUGGCCAGAUAAGCGACUAGCUGACAAGUACCCCUCAAUCCGCAGCGGCAAGCGCUACCUCAACUCUGGAGGUAUAAUCGGUUACGCCCCAUACAUAAACAGAAUUGUUUCACAGUGGAAUCUCCAUGACAAUGACGAUGACCAGCUCUUCUACACUAAAAUAUACUUGGAUCCUUUACAGCGAGAAACUCUCAACAUGACUUUGGACCACAAGUGCCAGAUUUUCCAGAACCUGAAUGGGGCAGUUGAUGAAGUGCUCCUCAAGUUUGGAACAGACCGCGUAAGAGUUAGAAACACAGUUUACGACUCUCUGCCAGUGGUUGUCCAUGGCAACGGAAACACCAAAAUGUACUUGAACUACUUGGCCAACUAUGUCCCCAAUACAUGGAACUAUGAACAUGGCUGUAGCAACUGUGAUGACGAUGUUGUGGACUUGUCUCAGUUAAAAGAGUAUCCAAAUGUGUUGGUUGGCGUAUUCAUUGAGCAGCCAACUCCAUUUCUUCCAGAAUUCUUCCAGCAGCUGCUGACCCUGGAUUACCCCAAGGAUAAACUCAAACUGUUUGUCCACAACAAUGAGGUUUACCACGAGAAGCACAUCCAGAAGUUCUGGGAAGAGAACAGGAAUGGGUUCAACAGUUUCAAGGUUGUGGGACCAGAAGAAAAUUUGAGCCAAGGAGAGGCCAGGAACAUGGGCAUGGAUCUUUGCCGUAAGGAUGCCACAUGCGACUACUACUUCAGCAUUGAUUCAGAUGUGAUGCUCACUAACAGACAGACACUGAAGCUCCUCAUUGAGCAGAACAGAAAAAUAAUUGGUCCCCUUGUCACUCGUCACAGCAAGCUGUGGUCCAACUUCUGGGGAGCCUUGAGUCUGGAUGGUUAUUAUGCUCGCUCUGAAGAUUAUGUCGACAUUGUGCAGAGAAAACGUGUGGGUGUGUGGAACAUUCCUUACAUGGCGCAUGUAUACCUUGUCAAGGGCAGUGCCUUGAGGAAUGAACUGAAAGAGAGGAACUACUUUGUUCUGGAGAAACUAGACCCAGAUAUGGCUUUGUGUAGAAAUGCCAGAGAAAUGACCAGUCACAGAGAAAAAGACUCCCCUUCUCCGGAAUCAUUCCAUAUGCUCAGGCCCCCAAAGGGAGUCUUCAUGUACAUAACAAACCGUCACGACUUUGGGAGGCUCAUUUCCACAGCCAAUUAUAAUAUUUCUCAUUAUAACAAUGACUUGUGGCAGUUAUUUGAAAACCCUGUGGAAUGGAAGGAGAAGUAUAUCCACCAAAACUACACUCGAAUUUUCACUGAAAACUUCUUAGAGGAGCCUUGUCCAGAUGUUUUCUGGUUCCCAGUAUUCUCAGAGAAGGCCUGUGAUGAAAUAGUUGAGGAGAUGGAGCACUACGGUUCCUGGUCUGGAGGCAGACAUGAGGACAAGCGGAUCGCCGGCGGCUAUGAGACCGUGCCAACAGAUGACAUUCAUAUGAAGCAAAUCGGCUUUGACAAAGAGUGGCUACAUUUCAUCCGAGAGUUCAUAUCGCCUGUCACGUUAAAAGUUUUCUCUGGCUACUACACUAAGGGUUACGCUGUAAUGAACUUCGUGGUAAAAUACACGCCUGACAGGCAAGCAUACUUGAGGCCCCAUCAUGACUCCUCCACCUUCACCAUCAACAUCGCCCUCAAUAACAAAGACACAGACUUUCAGGGUGGGGGUUGCCGUUUCCAUCGAUAUAACUGUUCCAUACAUUCACCAAGGAAAGGCUGGAGCUUCAUGCACCCAGGACGACUGACUCAUCUCCACGAAGGCCUGCCCACCACCAACGGCACCCGCUACAUUGCAGUGUCCUUCAUCGACCCUUGAACUAUCUGAUUAUGCUGUAAAUUAGUCUUUUGACCUUGCUUUGCUUUUUUCCAUCAUGUUUGUUUUGUUUUGUCAUUUUACGUUUUGUGCCCCCAGAUGUUUUGCUGAUGCAAUUCUAUUUCAAAGCAAUUGCUUUAAAAGAAUAAAUAGUUGCAUUAAAGGAAUCUCUGUCAAACAGAGUGAAGAGUGGAAAGGGAAGUGACAAAAGUAAUUCACACUUUAGGUACACAAAUUAGAAAGAGAAAUAUGCUAGCAGGGUACACGAUUGUGCCACACUCCCAUUUCCAUUUAAACCAUUUAUUUUUAAAUUCAAAGCCAACAUCCUACCAGGAAUUAUUGGUACUGUAGCUUGGCAUGAUUUUCACAACACUGAUUUAAUAUUGUCAUGGUAACCGUCAUCAAUACGCACUGGUAGCUUUGCUAGCAGUUAGCUUUACCAUGCUACCAUGCAGAUGGGCAUUGUGUAUCUAUUUGUGUUUCAGGUAAAAUGUCACUCACUCAAUGCAAUUAUACUGUAAAAUCAUGUCAUUGCUUCAAAUGACUACUGGUGCUUAUCAACAACCCCUGUUUCUGUAUUCAAGAUUUAAGUCAAUAUUUGUUGGAGUGAAAGUUAAAGUGUUUUUAUACCCUGAAAUUCAGAUUCCAUUUGUGAUGUUAAUUCAAUUAAGGUUUGAUAUGGGCCCAGUGAAAAAAACAUCUAAUUUUGGAAUUUUGCACACCAGAAAAACAAGACAGCAGAAUUCAAUAUGAAUUCAGUCUGAAUGAAGUUCAAUAUUCUGUUUUACUUGAAAGUGUUUUUCUUCCUUCUUUAUUGGAAAUUGGUAACAUGCAUUUGCUUUCCUGAAAACAUUUCUGCAAUAUAUUUCUGAGAGAUGUGUGUGAAUAGAUUUUGAAACUCAGAAAAUUAAGUUGUUUAACUUAUUGUCAAAAUUGAAUAAAAGUCUUUAUAAAAACA